AGACAAGGGAUGGCUCACGGCAGCUCCGAUGUUUGGCAUGUUAAUUGGUUCGUAUUUUUGGGGAUGCCUGGCUGACACGAAAGGUAGGAAAACCGUCCUAAUCGCUGCCUUAAUUAUGGAUGGAAUCUGUGGACUACUAUCCAGUAUUUCCCAAGUCUUUUGGCUGUUCAUGUUCCUCAGGUUCUUAAAUGGCUUUGCUAUUACUGGAGCCAUGGGUAUCUGUUUUCCAUAUCUUGGAGAAUUUCAACCAGGAAGAUAUAGAGAGACCAUUCUAUGUUGGAUGGAGUUAUUUUGGACUCUUGGUGUGAUCGUAUUGCCAGGUAUUGCCUGGAUUAUUAUUCCUAUGGAGUUCGAAUACAUCACGCCUAACUUUAAGUUUGCCAGUUGGAACCUGUUCGUAGCCACUUGCGCCGUGCCCAGUAUUUUCAUAGGGAUGUGGCUGUUCUUCUUUCCAGAAAGUCCAAAGUUCCUGUUGGAGUGCGGUGAGCCCGAUGCCGCUCUAGAAGUGCUGAGGGACAUGUACUCCAGUAACUAUAGUGAUGACGGAGCUAACUUUCCAGUAACCAGCUUGCGAGAAAAAGUCAGAACCAUGAGCGUAGUAUCCCAACAGUCCACUCGAAGCAUUCGAAGCCUAAGGAUACGAAAACCCAAAGAACUUAAACUUCUUCUCCAAGAAAUCUGGGAACAAACUAAAGCUCUUUGCAAGCCACCACACUUGCGUUACACAGUGAUAACCUGCGCCAUUCAGUUUGGCCUGACAACAAGCUACUACACUUUGAUGAUCUGGUUUCCUGAACUGUUCUAUCGAUUUGAAGAGUUCGAAAGUGUACACCCCAACGAAAAAGCUACAGUGUGCGAAGUGUCUUCUGUAGUACUAUACCCAGGUAACAGUACGGGUACCGGUGGUGUGGAGGAGUUCUGCGGAGAACCGAUAGCAGAUUCUGUGUUCCUACACACUUUAAUCAUUGGACUGGCUUGUAUACCUACCAGCUUCUGGCUGCCUUUGUGCGUGCAUAGGUUGGGAGCGAAGUUUUUCCUGGUUUUCAGCCUUUUGGUUGCUGGGUCUGUGACUAUCGGACUGUAUUUUGUUAAUUCGACCAACUCGAACUUGGCCUUGUCUUGUAUUUUCGAGGCUUUAACCAGUUUGGGGAUCAGUACUGUGUACUGUGUGAUGGUUGAUCUGUUUCCAACAAAUUUAAGGGUAAUGGCAGCAGCUUUAUCCUUGACUUUUGGAAGGGGUGGAGCCCUAAUAGGUAACCUACUAUUUGGAUUUCUCAUCGACUUAAACUGCGUCGUGCCAAUAGUACUUUUCGCAGCCAUGCUUUUGAGAAGUGGAUUGCUGUGUUUACUUUUACCCAAUACAGGAGGAGGUGCCUUAGAGUAA